AUGGAUAAAUUCAGACGAGUUAUGAAUUUUAUUGGUAAGGUAAACCUAUUCGAUGAUGGAAGAGAUGUGCCUCUCAUCGAUCAACUACUUGCCACACGAAUAUUUCUCUCUCUUUUCACUACAACUCUCACUAUUAUCAUUCUUUUUGCUACUUUUACUCUUCGAACUAAUUCUGUUACAGUUCAUUCACCAUCUCAAAGUGAUUUUGAACAAUUAAUUGAAAAAUAUCCAAGUACAUUAGUAUGUCCAUGUUCGCAAACCUGGAUACGUUAUGAUCGAUUUCUUUCAUUCAAUCCACAAUAUCAUCCCAUAUGUACAAGUCAAUUUAUUAAUCAAUCAUUCAUUUCAUCGAUAUCUAAUAUUAAUAUAAGCAAUUACUAUGAGUAUGAUUAUCGUAUUAUUGCAUCAUCACAAUUUCAAAUUCUUGAGACACUUUGUCACACUAGUCAGCAAAUGGUUUCUGAUUCGUUAAAUGAACUCUUCUCUCAAUAUCUGACUACAACUCAAGUUAUAUCCAAUGAAAUAUUCAAUGCUCAGCUGGAUUAUUUUAUCGAACAGUUGAAAUCUAAAAGUAUUAAUGAACAAGAACAUACGAGUGAUUUUCUCCACCUAAGUGUUUCUCAAAACGCGAUUUAUUCCGCACUUCAAACUAAUUAUGUAGUCAUAUUUCGACCUGAAAAAUCAAAGUUUUACUACGCUGCAAUUACCUACAAAUUGUAUAACGUCACCUGCGCUUGUAGUCUGAAUCCAAAUUGCUAUAAACAAGCGAGCAUUUAUCAACUGAAAAAUUUUCAAAUCAUCUACGAUUCUGCUAGUUUGCAAUACUUAAUUAUUUACUCUGCAAAGGUGCUUUUGACUGUUCCUGGUAUACAAAUAGGCUGUUUGCCAUAUAAUUCAUUACUUCAGUCAACGCUUGAAUGUUUCUACAAUCAAUCAUGUAUUGCUCAAAUUCAAAUGUAUAUCUCUGCUUUCUCGUUGGUUUUACCGCUUGCACAAUCGCGUUAUUCACAAAAUACAACUGUUAACGAUCUUCUUAGUGAAUUCUUCAUCGAAUCAUGGAAUGAAAUGAGAAAUUUCACAGCUUAUUUUCAUGUUUGUGCUCCACGAUCUUGUACCUAUUCGUACGAUCGACGAUUUAACCUUCUAUAUGUGAUUGUCACAUUGAUUGGUAUUUUUGGUGGUUUAAAAAUGACUUUAUAUUUUUCUACGCCAUUUGUCGUCAAAGUCAUUCGACAAAUCGAAACGAAGAGCUAUUGUUCGAAAAGACCCGAUUCAAUCGAAAAUGAAUCACAUUCACAGCAAAAUCUACGAGAUCGUUUGAUGCAUUUAAUGUCUCAAAUCAAGAUCAAACUCAUGACAUUGAAUCUUUUCCCGACGUUCGCCAAUAUUAAAGACGGGAUUUAUUCCACGCGUAUUUAUCUUCUCUGUCUUCUCAUUGGAAUGAUUAUUUUAAUAUUUUACACAUCAAUAUCAAUUCAAACGCGAAACAUUACAAUCUAUCAUCCAGAAUUAAAUGAAUAUGACUAUUUGUAUGCUCAAUAUUCAUCAACAUUAAAGUGUCCAUGUUCUCGUCUCUCAGCGCCAUAUUCAUCAAUUACUCACCUAGAACCGGAAUAUCAUCAAGUGUGUUCAAGCGAUUUUGUCAAAAGUGAUGUUUGGCUGUUGUAUUUUGUUCGAGAGAGUGGUGUAUUGAGAGCCUACGAUUUUCGCAGCAUUGGUUUAAGGAUGUUUACUCUUCUUCAAACAUUUUGUCAGAUGGCAAAUGAAACAGUGAGAAAUCAAUUAGAUAUAUUCAAUGACGUGCAGUUUGUUACUGCAUAUGUUCUAUCAAGAAAUACAUUUAACACUCAAAUCUCAACUCUCAUACAACAGUUUCAACAACAGACUGUGAAUUCUUUUCUCAGUAUAUUUCAACUGGUUCGCACUUCAAUUCAGAUGAAUCAAUUUAUGGUUGGCAGUGGCACAAAUGCUGGCUUGAUCGUAUUUAACAGAAGUCAUGAUUCGAUAUUUCGUUUUAUACCAAAUAGUGCAUUUGACAAUGAAUGUUCAUGCGGCGAAAGUAGUUCUUGUACGUAUCCAUUAGGUUUUUAUUGUAUUUCAGGUCAAUGUAACCAGAAUUCAUUAACACCGCCAAAGCAAAUCAUUCCUGGCCUUGUGCUGGGCUGUUUACCAGUUGAUUCCCUUCUUUUAUCUUCACUUGAGUGCUUUUACAAUGCAACUUGUAUUCAAAUGGUCCUACAAUGGCGUUUGUUUGGAUUAAAUAUUAGUUCAUCAUAUUCAAGUUUAAGUAACGUCACUCCUCUCGAUUCAAUAGUUCAGAGCCGCUUUUCACCUGAGACAAAAUUGGAAAAUGUUGUUUCCCAACUAUUUAUUGAAGAUUGGACAAACACAAGUAAUUUCAGUUCGUAUUAUCAUCAAUGUGCACCGAAUGAAUGUACCUAUACUUAUGAAGGACGUUUUAAUCGAGCGUUCAUUAUUGCAACAGCACUUGGUACUAUUGGUGGUCUUUCUGUAGCUCUUCAAAUCUUCAUUCCUUUUUCUAUAAUUCUAUUUCGACGUAUGCGUCCCUGCGGUUUUCGACAUUCAACUCAAACUGCAAGGAAGAACGUAGAUAAAACAACUAUCCAUGAAAAGUAUUUGUUCUCUAUCGGUUACAUUCGGCAAUACUUUCAUACAUUGAAUUUGUAUAAAAAAAACGAUGAAAGCCAUCCUGACGAUCAGCUGGAGCAACGCUGCCGAACAGCUACUCGGUUUUAUAUUGUACUUUUCCUCAUUUCUCUUAUGACAGUUAUCACAUUUACUAUUUUCAAUUCACAAAUCAACACUGUAACAGUACUAUUUCCAUCAAAUGAAACGUUUCAUCUGCUUCAGACUCAGUACGAGUCAACCCUUUCAUGUCCAUGUUCACAAAUUCGAGUUCCAUAUUCAAAAUUUCUCACGAUUAAACCAAAUGAAUAUCAUCAAAUAUGUUCAAGUUAUUUCGUUUCUUCUGAUUUCAUCAGCAUGCUUUGGGGUCAGAACGACCCUGUCUAUUAUUCUCUCAGUAUCGAUGAUAAAAUCUUAAGUACAGAAUUUCGUCUUUUAUCAGCAUUAUGUUCUCUUGCAAAAGAUAUAACAGAACAAAAACUACAAAUCUUGUUUUCUCAAGAAUUAAUCACUGUGCAAACAUUGUCACAAGAAUCAUUUCAAAAUCAACUUGAUUCGAUCAUCAAUACUUUCGUUGUUGAAUCACCAACAAAUUUUCGACGAACCUAUCAAUAUAUUAAUGAUAUACUUUAUGGGAACCAAUUGCAAAGUAUAUUUCUGACAAAUUGGAAUUUAAGAACACCGGCUCAAGACAUUCAAUACCGGAUAGAAGGAAAUCCGGUAAUAGGAAAUGAUGAAAAUGGGCAACUAUGUUCAUGCGAUACUCAACCAACAUGUACACAAUCUGUUUUGACCAAUGCCUUCAAAAAAGGAACAUUUGCUGGUCUUGUUCGAGGUUGUUUACCUGUUCAUGGUCUUCGCUUAUCAACCCUUGAAUGUUUUUAUCAACAAACAUGUUUAUCAAAACUGGCUAUCUUUGUCAAUAGUCCAUAUAUUCCAUCACCUUUGAACAGAUCGAUUCCAACUCGUUUUACACCCGUUUCAUCAACAAAAAUAGGUACAAUCAUUGAUGAAUUAUUCAUUGAAUCCUGGCAUAACACGACUAAUUAUUCGAAUUAUUAUUCGACGUGUGCACCAUCAACAUGUCGAUAUUCUUAUAUGGAAAGGAACAAUGCUCUUUAUAUGUUAACUACUUUUCUUGGUUUAUACGGUGGAUUAACUGAAGGAUUAAAGUUUCUUGUGUGGUAUGGCUUAUGUUUAUAUUGGAAAAUUCGUCAAUGGUUACGUCAGCGACAGGAUAUAGUAGCACCAUCUUGA